GAUAAUGAAGAUCGCCAAAUCGGCCCCUGAGGUGGUUUUAUGUGAGCCUCCAGAAAUCUUCAACGUUGACUACUUUUUCAACAAGGGGUUGUUGUACAUGCAUGCGAAGGAGGUUUGUUUCUACGAAGUUAGCAGGGUGGAGCUCCAGGUCAAGCAAGAACCGGACGUUGUUGAGUCCCAAACUACUGUUGAAGUUGAGGCGAUGAGGAAGGAGGUGGCAGAAAUGAGGACGGGAGUCAGAGAAGAAAUGGCGGCCCUACGGGGUAGUGUGAAUGAAUUGGUGGGGAUGUCGUCAGCCCACAGCGGUCAGAUGAAGGAGGCUGUCCAGUUAAUGAUGAUGAUGACAAAAUGGAUAAAGGAGAACUUCUCCGAGCCCCAGGCAAAACUGACUACUAGACCCAGCAAGGUGUCCACCCAGCCAGGGCCAGGGAAUUCGACUCCCCAGCAUCCCCCACCCGCGUCUAAACCCUUGUUAGCCCCGUCGGCAUCAAAGACCCUGACUGUGAAGCGGACAUUGACCAAGCAACCGAGUGAGGAAGUGAAGGAGAAGCCGGAUUCGCCGGCGAGAAAGAAAGCAAAGGUGACCCGACCUUACGUACCGCACCAGUCUGGCUCACGCGGGGGCCAGACUCUGAAUUGAAUCCCCCAUGAACAACCACAUGUGCAGAAGAAUUCGC